AUGGUUUUGUUGGCUGAUUUGCUGAGUCUCUGGAGGUUGUGUUCUAAGUUUCGGCGCCGUUUGUGCGCUCCUCGUGCCGGUCUUCUUGACCGCUGCGUUUCCUCGGUCUCCUCAUCGUCCACCACUGCGCCGCCACCUCAGGAUGAGUUAAGUCGACUUGAAUAUAGUAUCGGCGUUCUGUUGAAUCGUCUCGAACAGCAUUCAGAUGAGGUGGCAUCGCAUCUCGAGGAAGAGUGCGUCGUUUGCAUGAGCAGCAAGGCAUCAAUGCAGACAUUCCCGUGCUGCCACAUGGUGCUCUGCCGGCGAUGCUUCAUAAGGACCAUUCAGCUUUUUUGCAGACAGCCUUGGCUGAUCGCCAGCUGCCCCUUCGUUGUGUCAUUUGCCGCAGUCGUGUGGUUCGUCUCCGUCAAAAACUUGCUCGCUGUCGAGUGGUCAUCCGGACCCAGAGGGUACCUCCCCCUCAGACCGACGUUGAACGCUCCUGACACGCACUUCCAAACUGCUGAUCGAUCAAUCGCAGUCUGCGGCCAUCCGCAAGUGCUACGCUACGCACCACCGCAGAAGUCACUGAUGGACUGA